AUGAUGUCCGGAGGCAGUGGAGCUAUCACUACGGCGGGCAGGCGCGAGAUGACAUGGUCGAAUCCGAUGGGGGACGACAUGGUGCAAGUGCUGGGCGACGUUUGGUGCGCGGAGCGCCCCUUUGUGUGGAACGGCAUCGACGUCGGGGGUCGCAUGGCGGUGGUGAAGCUCUCCGACGGCUCUCUCUGGGUGCACUCCCCUGUGGACCUCGACGAGCCGCUAAAGGAGGCCCUUGCCAGCCUUGGGCCAGUGGGACACAUCGUGUCACCCAACUACGAGCACGUGAAGUACGCGAAACAGUGGGUGGAGGCCUAUCCUUCCGCUGUCUCGUACGCGUGCCCCGGGUUGGCGGAGCGGCAGCCGGAGGUCGGUUUCACCAGGGAGGUGGGGGCGAGCAUUGAAGACGAAAGCCUGCCCGAGUGGGGCGACGAGAUCCUGGCGUGCUUUAUGGACUGCGAGACCAACCCCUUCACGGGCAAGCCUUUUUUCAAUGAGGUUGUUUUCUUCCACCGUCCGACCAAAACUCUGAUAACCUCGGACUUGUACUGGAACUACCCCCGGAAAGAGGUGCCUCUCGGCACGAGAGUCUGGAAGUGGGGCAUGGACAAGGUUUAUCUGCCGUUUUACAAGAAGUUCAUGGUUACGGACGGUGAAGCUUUCGUCUCCAAAGUUAACCAGAUCCUAGACUGGGGGGUCGAGACCAUCGUCCCCUGCCACGGGGGUAUUGUGCGAAGCGGGGCACCCCAGGCCUUGCGUCAGCAACUCCUUGGAAGGGCCCCAGCAGAUUGAAUCAGAGUUCAGACUCGUGUCCGUUCCAUUUUCACCACAGGCAGGCGUGGCGACACGGGGGGAGAUUCCAUCGAUCCUUUCCCCCGGCUAGCUAUGAUGCUUUUCAUUGCCAGUUAGAAGUUCGACUUAGUCCAGUUGAGGGACGGGGGUGCCGUGAGUAACAAUACCUCGAGGGAUGACGGCUGUUCAGGCCUAUGAACAGCAGCCAUGUUUUAUGGAUGAUUGCAAACUUUGAGCUCUUACCGUUGGCCAGAACGGGGCUGCGCUACAACGUGUUCGGUCCUUGUGGGCUGGAGAAGAUACGCAGACAGCGUGCGUGCCCAGUCAUGUUCCGAUCGCUGAGUUCACCUAACGGGGCUCACAGGAAGAUACCGAGCAGCCAUCCAAGUGCGGGCUGCUGUCGUCCGCCAAUCUAGUGAAAGGGGGGAGGAGUCGCCGUUGGGGUGUUCUUGGCACCCAAUACACACCCUAACUCGCGCCGAACAAAAUAGGGCAAGAAAAGCACGUGACAAGCGGCAAGGUUGGAUGUGGCUUCGUUGCCGCGCCAGCACCCUUGUCCUCGGCCCUAUGGUCAAAUGAUCGGCGGCAGGCAAGAAAUGAAGAACGGACCCUGCCGACACUGAAGACGAAAGAGCCCUCAUUACGACUACUGCUGCUGUGCUAUGAGGCACGCCCCUCUCUUGCCACCUCUCUGUUCUAAUAUAUUGGGGGACAUCGAUCGCUCGUAUCAAGGUGGGGUGUUCUAUUGUUCGGUCGGUGUUUGGCUAAAGCUGUGUUCUUGCUUGACUAGUUUUCAUGCCUUUCGCGAAAUGUGAGC